AUGAAUAGUAUGGAAGAUGAAUUGAACAAGGAUUUACUAGAGAUUACCAUCCUGACAGAGCAACUAUGGAAAGAAGUUCAGAUUAAUACACGAAAAUCACGUUCUUUAUACUCAAGACAUGCCCAAUAUAGAGAAGAUGCUGAAUCGUUUGCAAACGUUCAACCACCAAGUAUUCCAUAUGAAAUUCCCAAAUAUGGAUAUGGAUAUCGCAAAAUCAAAUGUUGUUGUGCGUUCGAAAACUACGACGUUUCCAAGUUGCCUGUUUCAUUCAAAUGUCCUGUAGGGCCGGCUGGUCCACGGGGUGUUAAAGGGGAUACGGGCGAAGAUGGAAUUCCUGGAAGACCGGGCAUUGAUGGACAAAAUGCUUUCUCUAGUAUUACUAAUGGCUUGGGAAAUACGUAUGAUCAAUCAUCUAUCAAUCGUUGUGAGAGUUGUUAUCCUGGACCACCAGGGCCACCUGGUCCAAGUGGUGUCAUUGGAUAUCCUGGACGAAAAGGAGUUCGUGGAAUGUGCGGACCUCCAGGCACUCACGGCAAGCCAGGUGAUUAUGGAGAGCCAGGUGACCCAGGUAAACGAGGCAGAAUCGGGGUUCCAGGAUAUAAGGGAAGUCCUGGAAGUGAUGGAAUCGUGGGUGGAAAAGGUGCGCCAGGAUUACCAGGUUCUAUAGGUUUACCUGGACUGUGUGGGCCACGAGGAGCUACGGGCGAGCCUGGAGACUUCGGACCAAUGGGAGCACUCGGAUUCUGUGGUCCUCCAGGAGCUCCAGGUCUCAUAGGUAUGAAUGGAGCUGAUGGACUGCCCGGUAAAGUUGGAAGACCAGGUGCUGAUGCUGAGUAUUGUCCUUGUCCUCCAAAAGAGAAAGCUACAAAUCCUUAUUUGAGAGAUGUGAAACAGGAAGUAAAAGCGAAGCCCUCAUAUUCACUGGAUACAUCAGCUGUCAUUCCACCUCGACCAAUAGAAGCAACGUCCAUUGUUCCGCACAACUUGAUGAGCGACCGCAUGAAGAGAUUGAGAGAAAAGCUACAAAAUCGGUUCAUUAAUUGGCAGACACGCAAUUCUCACGAAAAGGAUUAUGGACUCGAAAGACAUUUUCCUGUUUGA